AUGAAUAUCGCUAAUAUCAGUUUAUAUGACAGAGGAAUCUUACUCUCUCCUGCCUUUAAUAAUAAACAAAAUCAUUACAAAUACCAAUUUUUGGAGACUAGCAUCCUUCAAUAGCGAGCAAAAAAAUGUCUUAAUAUAAUUUUUCUCAUAAAUUAUUUUAUCCAAUAGUAUCUUUUAUAACAAGAUCUUAUGCUAAUUCUAUUAAUAUUAGACACCUGCAUCUUUCGAAGCAUAAAUUUUUACAAAUAAAAUUGAUUUUUCUUGCAAAUUUGAACUUUUUGAAAUAAAAAUAAAAAAUAACAUAUUUAAUAUUAAAAAAUUAACCUCCUUUUGCCAGCAAGCGAAAAAAAAAUUUUUGCUCAUUAUCUGAAAGGGGGUGAGUUAGCGAAGCUAAAAAAGCAAGAAAUGAUAGAAACUGUAAGCAAGGAAAAAAAUGCAAAAGAAAUCGAAGAAAUUAGAAAUGCUCCUAAAAUUAACGCAAGAAGUAAAUGAAUAAUAAAAAAUCGAGUUCUGAAUAAAGGCCAAGAUGAUAAUGAUUUUUGGUCAUAUGAUAGUCCUAAAAAAUCAGAAAAUAUUUCUUAUCAACCUACUCAGGAUAGCUAUAAUUCAAAAAAAUCAUAUACGCCAGAUGGAUAUCAGAGUCCUAUUGGUGCCUGGGAAGAAAGGGUAAAACAAUAUUUUGACACGAAAAACCAAGUGCCAUUUGAGCCUCAGCACAUCCCUCAGAUAAAUGAAACAUCAAGGUCUAUGUGCCCCAUUACAGAUGAAAAAGUUGAAAAUAGACUGUUAAGGAUUCAUAAAGAAAAAAUUGAAAAAAUAGAGACAAUUCGCAAGGAUUGCAUAGAAGAAAUUCCAAGCUUUUCUCCAAAAAUUAAUAAAGACUAUAAGAGAUGCUCUCUGAGGCCUAUCAAGCAGACCACAUUCACGUCCAUAUAGUUCCGUCACUUGCUUGCUUUACAGUCCGAGCAUGGCCUUUCACUGCAUUGCUCCUCACGAUGAGGGCUUGCACUCACUACCCGAACUCAGAGAUGCCGAGUCACUAGUUGCCUGUCGACUAAUAUGGAAAUUUGCAGCCUAAGAUGCAACGCUGGUAUUGCGAAGGGAAAUGCUCCCGACUGGUAGGAGUAACCCACUGGCGCUUCUGGGAAUCCCAUUACAAUUCCGAGUCCUAUCUUCCUCCAAGGUAACACCUUAACUUGGAUGUGAGCUGCAGUCGGCCUAAUCCGAAAUUGAGCUUCACUAUAGCAAUAAAGCCUUGCUGGAUACAGGAAGUGGUAUCCAACUUCAAGAAAAAGACUUUCUGGCUGGAGUCGAAAAGCGGUUGAACCUCCCGUACAGGAGGUGUUUAGUGACUGCGUCACCCAUAUGAUUAGCAACUUAUUUUAAUAGCCUAACCUAACAUUGCUGGAUGUACAUAAUUAAACGUUAUACUCCCCUUUCACGAGGCUCUGGGCUACCCAGCUCCAAGUGUUAAAAGGGUUGGGUUUGUUUGUCAUACGAUUUGAUACUUAUCAGGUGAAAUAUGCCAAGACCUGAAAACACUUCAGACUAUCUCUACUACAGUGGAAUAAAUCAUAAAAUACGAAAAGAAAAAGCAAUCGAAACCAUUCAUGAAAGGUCCCACUCAUUUAAGCCUACUAUAAAUAAUAACGCAAAUGAGCUUGCGUAUAAUUGAAGAAACAGGCUAAUUAAAAUUCCCGAAAAUACAAAUGAAGAAGAAUCGAAAGUUUCAAAAAGACUAAAUAAUGAAGAAUUCGGAAAUUUUAUUGAAAGAAAUUAUGAAAAACCACUGAAAAAGUCCAAAUGAAAAAUCGAUAAAAUAAAUAAAUGAAUGAAGCCAAGGAAAUCUUGAGAUGUAAAUUUAUAUGAAAAAGGCAUUAAAUCAAUUUUGGAAAAAGACGAAAAAGUGAAGGCUAGACAGGAAGAAAAAAAUAAAGCAGAAAUCAGUGAGUGCACAUUUCAACCACAAUUAACGCCAAGAAGCAAAACACCUCCACUUAGUAUUAUAAAUAAAAUUUCACCAAAAAAAGAAGGUUACAGAAGAAAAUUAAAAGCAUGUGAAUGAAUAAAAUAUUGAGACAAGUCUGGAAAUAAAACUACUUUAGCAUUAAUAGGUACAGAGAAUAAAGAUAUUUUAAAAGAGCUUGAAGAAUUAGAAAGCAGAGUGUUUCUAUCACUUUCUUCCUAG